AUGGCGCAAGAAGAUAUACAGGACUAUACGAAGAAAACUAUGGAGCUCCUGGGAAAGAUGAAGGAAGAGGACCCUGAUUUGGAAGUCAGAUUCAAGAUGGAUGAUGAAGGGAGGAUUGAGUCAAUGAUAGGAUUUUGUUCACUAACUAAUCGUGCUUGUAACCCAGAUCAAUGCCAGGGGAUGGCGGCUGCAAUAAAGACAACGCUGAAGGGAACACGGCACCGGUGGUGCAGAUGGCAUGUGCUUAGAAAGGCUAAUCAGAAAAUAGGAACACCAUACUCAAAGAAGAGUGCAUUCAAGAAAAAGUUCAACAGGCUUAUAACCGAUGAGAUAUUGCCAAGUGCUUUUGAGAAGAAAUGGCAGGAACUAGUAAAGGAAUACAAGCUCGAGGGAAACAAUUUCAUGAAUCGCGUAUACAAGAUGAGAGGUUUGUGGGCAAAACCGUACUUCAUGGACAUCUUCUGUGCAGGUAUGACUAGCACUCAACGGAGUGAGAGUGCGAACCACAUGCUGAAGAGGUUCAUUCAACGAUCAGCACCAAUGCAUAUAUUCAUAUCAAAGUUCAGGGAUUUCCAGUUCGACCGUAACCAAGAGGAAGAAAGGGAGAUCCACUUAACUAAACAGAUGUCUAGAAGAAGGAGAGUGGGUGUACCAAUUGAAAGACAUGCAGAAGCUAUUUACACAAGAGAAAUGCAUGAAAGAUUCUACAAUGAGCUAUAUGAAUCAGGUGCUUACACAAUAGUGGAUAAGUCAGUGAAUGGAAUUGAGAAUAUCAAGUGCAGCUGCGGCCUCUAUGAGCAUGCUGGACUACCAUGCAGGCACAGCUUAAAAGGUGUGCAAGUCAAUGAUAUUAUGCUAUGUACAUUCCUCCUGGUGAUUGCAGUACUGACAGAGAUACCAAAGGGAAGUAUACAUCAGAGGUGGACUAAAGAAGCAGGUCCAGAUAUCAAUGCUGGGUCGGGAUGUUCAGUAAUGGAACAAAUAACAGCACAGAGUGAUGAACUGAAGAGGCGAGUCCUUGUAAUGAAAACACUGGAGCUGUCACUAACUAAAGGGUCGAUCAAUGACGAAGCAUAUAGCGAUGCUCUGCGUGCAAUGGAGAGCAUCGUACCAGUCAGGCAAGCUUCCAUCGAAACGAUCAAUUCAGCUGCUAAUGAUGAGACAUCUAAUGUGCCCCGUCUCAUGAGUUGA